AUGUCAUCCACAGUAUCAUCGUCCACGACAACACCUAAGACUUUAGUCAAAAAUUUAACAACUUUAAGCGAUGUUAUUUCAUCAUCACCAUCAACGGUUCAUGAAAUUGUAAAAACAUCGCCAAUUUUUUUGGAAACAAAAGCUGCACAGGUCAUUGCAGGGAUUUUUGUUUUCUCUGCAUUGUUUUUAACUUGUCAACAGAUUUAUAAACAUUUGAAAUGGUACACGAAUCCGUCAGAGCAGCGAUGGAUAAUACGAAUAUUAUUCAUCGUACCCAUUUACGCAUUUUAUUCUUGGGUCAGCCUAUUGUUUUUCAACAAGGAAAGUUAUUACAUAUAUUUCUUCACGGUGAGGGAUUGUUACGAAGCUUUUGUAAUAUACAACUUUUUAAGUUUGUGUUAUGAGUAUUUGGGUGGAGAAAGUAACAUAAUGAGCGAAAUAAGAGGGAAACCGAUACGGAGCAGUUGCCUCUACGGAACGUGUUGUCUCGUCGGUAAAACAUACACGAUCGGAUUUUUAAGAUUUUGCAAACAGGCAACGUUACAAUUUUGCCUCGUCAAACCUUUAAUGGCGUUCGUUAUUAUUUUUCUACAAGCGUUCGGACACUAUCACGACGGAGACUGGAGUCUCGAUGGCGGUUAUUUAUACACGACAAUUAUUUAUAAUUUUUCCGUGAGUUUGGCUUUGUACGGAUUGUUUUUAUUUUAUUUUGCAACGAGAGAUCUUCUGACUCCGUUCGAGCCCGUAUUAAAGUUCUGCACCGUUAAAUCCGUUAUUUUUUUAUCGUUUUGGCAAGGUGUGCUCCUUGCGGUUUUCGAAAAGGCAGAAGUCAUAGAUCCGAUAGCGAACACGUUAGGAGAACAAACGACGGCGGGUACCGUGUCGGCGGGGUAUCAAAAUUUUCUCAUUUGCAUUGAAAUGUUUUUCGCGGCCGUUGCUCUCAGAUACGCUUUCCCUUAUCAAGUUUACGCCCAAGUUUGUACGACGGAUGCGAGAGGAAGGGGAGUCACUAUGCAAAGCAUUUCGAGCAGUUUAAAAGAGACCAUGAAUCCAAAAGACAUUAUGACAGAUGCCAUUCAUAAUUUUCAUCCGCAGUAUCAACAAUAUACUCAAUAUAGUUCAGCCGGAGGAUCACAAAGAGGUAUAAGAGUAGCUAAUUAUGAUAUAGAUGAUCCAAAUCAAGGUAGUACCAACGGUAGCCAGGUACAAUCUUCGCAUUUUCCAAGAUCACACAGGGCUCCAAAUAAUCAUAAUCAACGCGUUGCCACGGUUAGUCAAAAUUAUAAUGAAAAAACUAUGCUUUUAAGUUCUGAUGAUGAAUUACAAUAG